AUGGCAAGCUAUAGAAAUAAACGUAGGAAAAUUCAAGAAGAAUUAAAAACUUUAGAUUUAUCUAGUAACGAUUCAAAUUAUUUUCCAUUUAACGAAUCAAAUAAUUCUUUACAUAGUCAACAAAUUGAAAAUAAUAAAAUACUUGAAAAUUCUUUAGAACAGUCUAUUGAACAUGAUAACAUAUCUCAAGCUUUUCAUGUUAAACAAGCUCGGUAUCAAUCCGACUUAAAUUCAGCAUAUUAUGGUAAUAACGAAUCAGAAUCAGAUAAAGAAAUUAAAUGCAAUAAUCAUGAUCUUGUAAAAAAGAAACUUGGGAAAUGGAUGAUAGAUUAUAAUGUUAACCAAAAUUCUGUAAAUUCUCUUCUUAAAAUAUUAAAAAAUGAUUGUAAUUUAGAAUAUUUACCUAAAGAUUGUAGAACAUUGUUAAAAUCGGGUUCAUCAAAAGUUACCAACAUAAUAAAUAUAGAUUCUGGUAUAUAUUACCAUUUUGGAUUGGCUGCUGGGAUUUUAAGAUUUUCAUCAAUAAUUUCUUCUACUGACAUUAUAAAAAUUGCACUAGGAAUUGAUGGGUUGCCGAUUACAAAAAGUAGUUCCAGUCAAUUCUGGCCAAUUCUGGCGUACAUCAUGCCUCAUAAAAAUUAUGUCUUUCCUGUGGGUAUUUAUCAUGGUCAUGAAAAACCACAAGACAGUAAUAUUUAUUUAAGGGACUUGGUAUCUGAAAUUCUAGAAUUAACUAUGAAUGGAAUUAUUGUAAAUUCGUUUAAAAAAGAUAUUUCUAUAGAAGUAAUUUGUUGCGAUUCACCGGCAAAAGCAUAUUUAAUGAGGGCCAAGGGUCAUUCUGGUUUUUCAUCAUGUUCUAGAUGUACACACGAAGGUGCAUACAUGCAUAAUCGUGUAUGUUUCCCUUAUAGUGAUACCGAUUGUACAGAAAGAACACAUGAAGAUUAUAUUUUAAUGAAAAAUGAAGAAUAUCAUACUUCAACUACAAUAUCUUGUCUUACUUUAAUUCCUAAUAUAAAUAUAGUUAAAAUAUUCUCAAUGGACUAUAUGCAUUUAAUUUGCCUAGGGGUUAUGAAAAAAUUAAUUAAUCUUUGGCUGAGUAAAGGACCUGUUAAUAGCCGUAUACCAAGUUGGAAAUGUAAAACACUAACUAAAUCACUACUUCAACUAAAAACUUGUAUUACAAGAGAUUUUUGCCGAAAACCUAGACCAAUCCAAGAUGUAUGUCGGUGGAAAGCCACUGAGUUCCGACAAUUUCUUUUAUAUACUGGUCCAGUAGUACUUAAAGAUAUAUUAAAUGAAGAAUGUUAUCAAAAUUUUUUAUCAUUACAUAUUUCAAUGCGAAUUCUUUUAAGUGAUAAUAACCAACAACUUCUACAUUAUACUCGUAAUUUAUUAAAAUAUUUUGUCAAAUCAUUCCAGUAUAUCUAUGGUGCUCAUUUUAUAUCCCAUAAUGUACAUGGAAUACUUCAUUUGUGUGACGAUUAUGAAAGGUAUGGACCUCUCGACGCAUGUAGCACUUUUCCUUUUGAGAACUACAUGAAAGUCUUAAAGAAAAUGUUACAUAAAAAUGAAAAACCUCUACAGCAAGUGAUUAGGCGAUAUAAUGAACUAUGCAAAAAUGAAUCAAUUCUACCAAUCAGUCAUAAUGAAUUAAAGUACUCAAAUCAAAAACCCGAUUGUUUUGUUCUUACCACCUCUAAUGAAAUUGUACAAAUAAUUGAAUUAAAAAAAUCUUCUGAUAAAAUUACAGUUUUUUAUGGUAAAACUUUUGAAGAAAAAGAAGAUCUUUUUAUUAAACCUCUAAAGUCAUCUGUAUUGAAUAUAUUUGUUAUAAAAACAUUAUCAGAAGAUAUAAAACAGUGGAAUAUUUCAGAUAUUAAAAAUAAAAUGGUUGUAUUUGAUUUGAACGACAAACUAACUGCUAUACCAAUACUUCAUCAUAAUUAA